AUGGAUUACUCUAGCCACAAUACCGGAGGAAGGAGUUGGAGGGAUGGGGCAAGACGAGCAGCAGCAGCAGCAGCAGCAGAAGAAGUGAGGCAAGGAGAGGAAGAGGAGGACGAUGAGGAUGAGGAACUUGAUGGGCUUCUAGACGAGUUGGAGGAGGCCGGGCAGGCAGAUAGGGCAGAGGAGGAACGGAUGGGAGAGGAGGGAGGAGACGAAGGAGGUGAAGACGAGGAGGACGGAGAAGGGGAUGCAGAAGGGCAGGGGGAAGGAGAAGAGGAAGGAAGCGAGGAGGACGAAGAUUGUGAUGAAGAUGGGGGAGAGGGUGAAGAAGAGGAGGGUGGGGAGGAAACAGGGGAGGAUGGUAGGGAGGGGAUGGAGAAGGGAGGUGAAGGGGAGGCUGCAGUGCCAACCACCCCUGGCGAGUUGGGAUUCACAGAGGACGAAGAAGAGGACGAGGACGAGGAGGAGGGGGAAGAGGAAGCGGAGGGUGCAACAGAGGGGGUUGAGGAUGAGGGGGAGGAGGAUGAGGAGGAGAAGGAGGGGGACGAAGAAGGGGAGGAGGAAGAUGAGGAAGAAGAAGAGGAAGGAGGGGAAGGAGAGGAUGAUGGAAAUAUGGAGGAGGAAGAGGAUGGGUUGGACGAGGGGUUGGGUGAAGAGGAGGAAGGAGAAGGGGGCACACAGGGCUCACUUGAUGAAGGGUUGGAUGAUCAUGAGGAGGCAGAGGAGGAGGAGGAGGAAAAAGGAGACGAUGAGGAGGAGCACGAAGAGGAGGAAGAAGAGGAGGAAGAGGAGGAAGAGGAGGAAGAGGAGGAAGCAGAGGAAGGCAAAGGAUUGGAUGACGGUGGUGAGGAGGAAUUAGAGGGAGCUCAUGAGGAGGACGAAGGAGGCAUGGGUCAAGAGGAGGAGGAGGAUGAGGAAGGGGAUGCGGAGGAGGGAGGUGAAGAGGAGGAGGCAGAAGGGGAGGGAGGGGAAGAAGAGGAGGCAGAGGAGGGAGGGGAGGAAGAGGAGGCAGAGGAGGAGGGAGGGGCGGAAGAGGAAGCAGAGGAGGAAAUAGGGGAGGAAGCGGACGGAGAAGGGGAGGGUGAGGGAGAUGGUGAGGAUGGGGAGACGGUUGUGGGAGGAGCUGGAGGCGGAGAUGAAAUGGUGGGAGGAGAGUGGGAAGCUGGGGAGCCGGUACCAGGGAGUGAGAAAGGAAGUGAGGGAGAGGAAGAGGAGGGGGUGAGGGGCGAGGAGGAGGGAGGAGGUGAUGCAGGAGAAGCAGACGGCCUGGCUGGUGGCGGGAGGGAGGAUGAGGAGAUGAGAGAACAGGAGGAUGAGGCUGGAGAGGAAGGGGGAGGCGUGGAGAGAGGGGUAGAGGCUGGGGUGGAGGAGGAGGAGGGUGGUGGGCAGCAGGGCAGGGGUGCUGGUGACGGUGACACAGAUGCAAUGGAUUGGGCAGGGCAAGGGGAGGGAGAAGGUUCAGGAGAUGAGGAGGGCCUGGAGGGAGGGAUGGGAGAGGAGGAGGGAGAGGAAGAGGGGGAGGCGGGGGGAGGGGAGGAGGAGGGGAAGCGGAGGAGUGAGCUGCCUGUGCUGUUUAAGGAGGGGGGCAAGGACGUGCUGCGCUUCUCAGACAUCUUUGGCAUCAAGGGCUCCUUCUGGUCGCUGGUUGUGCAGAGAGGUCCCCGCCCCAAGCGCCACCGCGUGCUGCCUCGUGCGCCGACUGUGUGUGAUCCAGGGCAAGAGGACGACGAGGUGCUUCUUCGAUCUGCACCGUCGCCGAAACGAACGGCUGAGAUGAUGCGAGAGCGAGCUAUUGCUCUUGAGAAAGAGCUGCAAUAUCAAGAGAUGCUGGAGAGGGAGGAGGAAGAGGAGGAGGAAGAGGAGGAAGAGGAAGAAGAAGAAGGGGAGGAGGAGGAAGAGGAGGAGGAAGAGGUAGAUGAAGAGGAAGAAGAGGAAGAGGAAGAAGAAGAGGAAGAGGACGAGGAGGAAAAAGAGGGAGUAGAUUUCAGGGAAGGAGAGGCGAUUGAAUGUCGGAUGAAAGAAGAGGUGAAACUGGCAGCAAGGGACGAGGAGAAGGAGGAGGGGUUGAAAGAAGAGGAGGAUGAGGCCAUAAUUGGAAGAGCUAGGAUAGAGGGAAGUCAAAUUUGGAACAAGGAGGGAAUGGAUGAAAUGGAGAGGGAACGAGGGUUGAUGAACGAGGGAAGCGAGGGCGGGGGGGACGGGCAGGAGAAGGGGCACGAUGGAAGUGACGAGGGGGAGAAAGAUGGGAGUGCGGACAAGGGGAGUGAGAAAAAUGAAGCUGUGGAGAAGGGAGAGAAAGAUGGGAAUAUGGACAAGGGAGUAUCUGAUGAGAAGGAUCGAGGGUUGAAGGAGGAAGGCGUGAGAGGUGAUGCUGGGGUGGCAAUGGAAGGGGAUACAGCAAGGGUUGAGGAAAAGAGGAAUGGUGGAGAGGAGGAUAGCUGGGAGAAGGAAAGGGUUGAGGAGAAUAGGGAUAGGGAAGAGGAGCCUCGGACCACUGUUGAGACGCCUUCAUGCACUGUGGAGGGCGAGCAUAGAGGGGUAGAGGGUGGCGGCUCAGAGAGAGAAACUAGGAAUGAGGGAGUGAGUGAGGGAAAGAGUGAGGGAGGGAGUGAGGGGAGGAGUGCGGGUAUGGUGGAUGUGAGGAAGGAUGAGCGGGUCGAGGAUGAGGAGGAGAGAGGAGGUGGGAGGGAGGACGAGGAGGUGAAAACAGGGGAAGGGGAGGGGGCGGGAGGGUCGAAGGCAGGAGGGGUGAGUGCAGCAGUGAAAACGGGAGGGGAGGCAGAGGGGGAGGCAGCAGGGGAGACAGGGGGGAAGGCAGGGGGGGAGGCAGCAGAGGAGGCAAGGGAGGAGGCAGGGGGGAAGGCAAUGGGGGAGGCAGGAGGGGGAGAGGAGCAGUCGGUUGGUGAGGAUAGUAAAAUGCAGGUGAUGGAAGUGGACCGAGGGGAGGUGCGGCAGGGUGACGUGGGGAAGGUGGGGACUGGGCAGGGUGACGUGGGGAAGGUGGGGACUGGGCAGGGUGACGUGGGGAAGGUGGGGACUGGGCAGGGUGACAGAGGGGCGGGGGAAGCGGUGGGGGCUGGAGAGCAGGAUACGGGGGUUGGAGAGGGCAUGGAGAAAGAGGUUGAAGCCGGCAAGAUGGAGGUUGAGAAGUCAAGUAUUGGGACUUCUCAAAGCCCUCUAAGGGCUGAUACUGAGAAGAUGGAGGUUGAGAGAGAGACUUCUCAAAGCCCUUUAAGGGCUGGAAAGGACAAGGAGAGAGGGGCUGAAACUGACAAGAUGGAGGGUGAGAAACCAGACGAGAAGGAGGGUGAAGGGGCUGCAAGGACUAGUGGUGGGGACGACGGGGGAGAGAUUGCGUGCAUGGAGCAAUCUGAAGGGUUAGGGGUGGAGCAGAGGGAAGGAGAGGGGGUACGGGCGAAGCAGAGCCAGGGAUUGCUUGGUGCUGCGAAGGAAGCUGUUGAAGCUGUUUUGGAGGCGCGUCAAGAGGAAGGGUCGCAUGGCGCACAUGAGGGGUCACUAUUGGCAGUAGGGGAAGCGGAGGUUGUAAGGGAAUGUGAGGUCAAGAAGAGUGAAGGAGGUGAGGAGAUCACAAGGGGAGAGAAUGAGGAGGGGAUGUUGAAAGUGUUUGGGAAGGGGAAGGAGAUGGAGGGUGAGUUGGGGAGCGGAAAUAGGGAAGAGGAGGAAAAGGGGGUUCAAGUGCCUUCUGAAACGAGGGAACAAUGUGCUGUUCCUGAGAUGCCUCAGAAACUGUCAGCUGAAGACGAAAGUGCAGCAGGUGGUGCUGAGGGCGGCACUGAUGAUGAAAGGGACGGCGAAGUGGGCGGCAACGGGGACGGCAUAGAGGGCAGCAUAGAGGGCGGCAUGAAGGCUGGCAGUGAAGAGAGCAAGGGAGAAGGGAAGGAUGGGGAUGGGAAGGGGAUUGGGGAUGGGGAUGGGUUGGGGAGGGUUGUGGAGAGUGAGGAUGGGAAGGAGAAGGAGGGCGAUUGCCUGGUCCAUGGGGAGAACGAGGGUAGAGGGAGGGGAGAAGAGGAGGAUGCAGGGCGGAUGGUUACAGAGGAGAGUGGCGUGGGGACAGGUGAGGCAAGGGAGAAAGAAGGAGGGGAAGGAGCAAAAGGAGAGGAUGGAGGGAAAGGAGAGGGAGACAGGCUUGUUGAUGAUGGGAUCGAGAUUAAAAUGCAAGUGGUGGAUGAGAGUGUGGAGGGAGGAAAGGCCGAUGGUCCUGAUGCUGGUGAUGCUGGUGGUGGUGGUGGUGGUAAUGCUGAUGCAGUGGUUUCAGGGGAGAAGGAUGAAGAGGUUGGAUUGGAGGAGGGAGCGGGGGAGGGAGUGAGGGAGGGGGUCGAGGAAGGAAGAAUGGAUUAUGUAAUGGAAGCUAUGGGCGAGAAGGGGGAGGAGAAGGGAGAGCAGAAGGAUGAGAAGGGGGAGAAGGGGGAGAAGAACGAAGGGAAGGGAGAGGAGAAGGAUGAGAACGGGGAAAAGGGGGAGCAGAACGAGGAGAAGGGAGAGGAGAAGGAGAAGGAGAAGGUUGAGAAAGGGGAGGAGAACGGGGAGAAGGGAAAGGAGGAGGAUGAGAAGGAGAAGGUUGAGGAGAACGAUGGGAAGGGAGAGGAGGAGGAGAAAGGGGAGAAGGGGGAGGAGGAGGAGGAGGAAAAGGGUGGAGAGGAGGGGAAGGAUCUGGGGGAAAAUGUGGAGGAGCGGAAGGAGGAGGAAGAAGGGUGCGGGAGGAAAGUGGAGGAAGAGAAAGCUAAGGAAGAGAAUGAGGCAGGGGAGGAAGUUGAGAGGACGGAAGUGGAAGGAGAAAACGAAGAAGGGGGCGAAGAAAAGGGAGAGGAGGAGGAAGAAGGGGGGCGAAAGAAGGAGCUUGUGAAUGCGAGUGAGAUACAGGGGAUGGAAGGGGGCAAUGAUAGUGGUGCGAUGGAGGGAGGGGCCGGAGAGAAGCAAGGUAACGUGGCAGGGGCGGAAGGCCAAUAUGGGAUGGGGGUCCCUCCUGCAGGCGAGGGAGAGAAGGAGGUGAACGAAGCAGGGCGAGCUGAUGGGGAGGCAGGCGCAAUGAAGAGGUUGGGGAUGGGAGAGGUAGGGAAAGGAGAGGGAAUGAUGCUGAAGGGACAAGGACAGCAGGUGCAAGGGGGAGUGGUGGGAGGUUUGGUGGGGGAAUUGGGGGGGUUGAAGGAAGCACAGCAGCCGCCGAAGUGCGUUGAGGGGUCUGAGAAAGAGAGGGAGAAGGCGAAGGGAGAGGGUGACAAUGGAGGGGAGGGUGAGGGUAAGGAGGAUGCGACGGAUGAAGCUGCAGUUGUUGGUAGACAGGUGGGGAUGGGCGAAGAGAACAGCAAGUCCGAGGAUGGUGCUGCUGAUGCCUGUACGACAAGGGAGGGCAGUGUUGAGGGCAGAGGAGACGGAAGUGGAGAGGAAAGUGGAGAGGGGGUUGGGGAAGGGAGUGGAGAGGAGGGUGGGAAUGGUAAAAGUGCGGAUGCUGUUGUGUGUGAGGUGAAGGAGGGCGGAAAAGUGGGAGUGGAGGGAAGAGAAGGAGGGUUGGGUGAGGAGGGAGGGAAUGGGGGCGAGGAAGGAGAGGAAGAGGAUGGGGGAGAAGAGAAGGGGAUGAGGGAGGGAAGUGGGGCUGGGAAGGAUGGAGGGGAGGAAGAGGCCGAACAGCAUGCCGUGUGCCAGCAAGAGAGAGGAGCAGGCGAAGGUGUGAAAGAGGGAGGAGGAGGACAGGCGGGGGAUGGCGAAGGGGCAGGCGGGCAGGGGGAAGGAGGGAGCAGAGUGCAAGACACAAGAGUCGCAAUGAUAGGGGGCGUGGAGGAAAGGAGAAGUGGAAUGGGGGAAGUGAAGGGUGUAAAACUUGAAGAUGAAGGGGAGAGAAGACAAACAGGGGAAGAGAUGGUAAUGGUGGGAAAUGGUCUCGACGAAAGAGGAGGAGCGAGAAGAGAAACAGGCCGAGAAAUUCUGGCGGUUGGUACAAAACUGGGCGAGAGAGCUGAAAGAGUAAAGCUCAAGGCGGCAGAGAAGGCGCUUAAAAAGAAGACGCGUAAAACGAGGAUGAAGAAGCGACCAAAGGGAGCAGUUCGGCGGUCGUUGGACGGGCCAUUGUUUCAAGAACAGGAUCCGGGGAGGACUGAGUUGAUACAUCUGGCAGAGUCGUUUGCAGGGGUGUUUGACCGCACGUCCAGUGCUGUGUUCUCUGCCCUCAUGCAGAGCGACUGGGAGGACCAGAUUGUGUGGGGCAGCCCUGAACGCGCGGAGAGCUGGGAGGGCGAGGGUGAGGUGGGGGAGAGAGGUGGAGUGGGGGUGAUGGGGCAUGAGGUGAGGAGAGAGGAGGAAGAGGAGGAGGAGGAUGAGGAGGAGGAGGAGGAGGAGGAGGAGGAGGAGGAGGAGGAGGAGGAGGAGGAGGAGGAGGAGGAGAAGGAGGAGGAAGGGGGUUGGCUUGAUAUUUCUGGGGGGGAGGAAUCGGAGGAGGAGCUAGAAUGGGAGGAUGGAGGCACAGGCGGCACAGGGCUGGAAGGGGGCAAAGGGGAAGCAAAGGGUGCAGGGAGCAGAAGGGGCGAUAAGAAGCAGGGUGGUGCGCUGGUGGCGGCACAAAAGCAGCCGCCACCAGCAGAGCUGGUGGGAAAGUAUGGGGAUGUGCUGGUGUAUGAUGAUGGGGUGGUUCUAGAGCCUAUAGACGCUCCUGUUAUGCUGGCGUUCUCCCAGGUGUUUCCACGGGCUUCGCGGCGCAAGAAGAUGCGCAAGCCAACGAAACUGGCACCGUCCACCUCUGCAGGUGUUACCUUGCCUCAACCGUCUCUCCCAUCUCGACCAUCUCGCCCGUCUCGCCCGUCUCGCCCUGCUCCUCCGCGCAUUAUCUUUGACCUCAGCGAUCGGCGCAUGACCUUCCAGCUGGUGGGGCCGGUAGGGGAGGUCACUGGGAGGGAAGGCUCGGGCGUGGGGGGCUCUGUGCUGGGGAGGGUAUCUCUGGCGGGUGUGACUGAGGCAGGUGCAUCUGGUGUAGGGGUUCCUGGGGCAGGUGUGGGGUCGGGUGGUGUUGUUGCCGGUGCUGGUGGGGAGAGUGGCAGGGAGGAGAUUGGAGGGAGGGUGGAGGCAGGUGGGGAGGAAGUGGCAGGUGGUGAUGCUGGGACGAUUCCUCUGAUUGACCAUGCGUUGGCUAUGAUUGUGCCAGCUCAGCCACGCGUCGUGCCACAUCAGCAGCAGCAGAUGCUGACGCUCCCCACAUCAGCGCCCGUAACUAUCGGUGAAACAACAGCUGCAGUCGUCUCACCAAGGACAGGAACCGCCACCGCCACCACCGCCACCACCGCCGCCGCAGCAGCAGCAGCAGCAGCAGGAGCAAGUGCGUCUGAACCCAGCAGCUCCAUCGUCCCUCCACCAACCUCUCUCUCCUCCACGCUCCCAUCAGCACACCUCCCGCUCCCAGGCGACGCAGCAGCGGGGUGGCUGCCUCCGGAGUUCCUGGCAGAGGCAGCAGCGUGGGCGGUGGAUUUCUCGCGGGACCACCUGUACCAGAGCAGCAAGGCGGGCGUGGGGGCGGUGGGCGGAGCGGGGGGUGGCGGGAAGGCGCACGGGAAGAAGCGCGCGAGCACGAGUGUGAAGGUGUACCACUCGCUGCCGGCUAUUCGGCUGCAGACGAUGAAGCCGAGACUCAGCAACAAGGACCUAUCGCGCUUCCACCGGCCCCAGGCGCUAUGGUUUGCGCACCAGAGCGAGGCGGCGGCGAGGGCACAGGGGCGCGUGGAGGGGCAGGAGGGCAGCCUGCGCGUGAUUGUGAGGACGCUGGGCAGCAAGGCUGUGAAGCUGCACGUGGGAGCAGGGGAGAUGCUGGGUGCAUUGCGAGCUAAAACGGCCAAGAAGCUGGGAGACAUGAAAGAGAGUGAGGCAGUGCGCUUCUAUUCCAACGGCCACGAGGUCACACCCGAUAAGACGCUGGGAGAGCAGGGAGUGAGGGGCAACGCCAUCAUUCACGUGGUGCGCCCGCGCCUGCACCCCUGGGGGCGAGCGCACCUGAAGCUCCCCGGCGACAGCAAGCCCAAGCGCCCCCCCGGGGCGUUUCGGAAGAAGGCAGAUCUUUCAGUCAAGGAUGGCCACAUGGUGCUCAUGGAAUACUGUGAGGAGCGCCCUUUGCUCCUCAGCAACGUGGGCAUGGGCGCCCGGCUAGCCACCUACUACCGCAAGAUCUCGUCCGUCGAUUCCGGCGCAGCUGCGAUCCGGGACGUCCCUUUCUCCGGCUCGGUGAUGCCGCUCGAACCUGACGAGGAGUCCCCGUUCCUGGGCGACAUCAGGCCCGGCACGAGCCAGUCCAGCCUCGAGACGAACCUGUUCCGAGCCCCGGUGUUUCGGCAGCAUGUGCCGCACACGGACUACCUGCUCGUCCGGUCGCCGAAAGGGAAGUUGUCUAUAAGGAGGAUAGACGGCAUGCAGGUGGUGGGGCAACAGGAACCGCAUAUGGAAGUUAUGAAUCCCAUUUCCAAAGCUGCCGUACUCCAUAGUAGCAACCGCCUUAUGGUUGAAGUCUGUCGAACUUUCCGGGAUUAUGACAAGGAUAAGGACGGCGGCGGGAGCGGCGGUGGGAAGGGAGCGGCGCAGGGGAAGGGUGGGAAGAAGGGGGGACGGCGGGCCGUGGUGAACGCGCCAAAGGUAAGGGCGGAUGAUAUUGCUGCGCAGUUCCCCACGCUGACCGAGGGGCUUAUAAAGAAGCGGCUUAAAACGUGCGCAGAGCUGCAGAGGCUGGAGGGCGGGGAAAUGUGGUGGGUGAUGCGGAGAAACUUCCGGGUUCCUUCCGAGGAGGAGCUUAGGAGAAUGGUAACCCCCGACUCGGUGUGCUGCCACGAGAGCAUGCUGGCAGGCCUGCACCACCUUCGGCGAAUCGGCAUCCGCCACCUCACCAACGCGUCGCCGCCUCUCAGCACUGCCAUCGCCCAGCUCCUCCCGGACAACCCAAUAAAGAUGGCAGCGAGUCUGCUUAUAGAGAGGGAGUUACUGCUCACUCCGUGGAAUUUAUCCCACAACUACGUAUCGAGUAUGACCCAUGGGAAGGGUGGGUUAGAGAAGUUGGAGAUUAGCGGAGCUGGGGAUCCGUCUGGGCGUGGCCUGGCGUUUUCCUUUCUCAAGAUUCAGCACAAGCAGCCAGGGGCUGAGAAGAUCAAGGUGGUGGAAAAGCGGGCGGCGCAGGCUCGGGGCGGGGCGGCGGUGACAGGCACGGACGCGGACCUGCGCAGGCUCGGCAUGGAGGCGGCUCGGGAGGUGCUGCUGAAGCUAGGAGUGGCAGAUGAGCAGAUUCAGAAGAUGGGCCGCUGGCACAGGAUUGCUCUGGUUCGGAAGCUGUCUUCGGAACAAGCGGCCGCUGCUGCUGGGAAGAGCGGUGACUCUGUUGCUGCGCUGAAUAAGUUUGCAAGGGGGCAACGCAUGUCGUUCUCGCAGCUGCAGAUGCAGACGCGGAGCAAGUGCCAGGAGGUGUGGGAGAAGCAGGUCAGGAGCUUGUCUGCUGUGGCGGAAGGGGAGGAGGAGGAAGAAGUGGAGCUGUUGGGGGACUUAGACUCGUUUGCGGGGGACUUGGAGAAUUUGCUAGAGGCUGAGGAGGGCGGGGAGGAGGAGAGGGAGGGGGUGUAUGUGGGUGGGCUGGUGUGUGGUGAGGCUCAAGAGUGGGCGUGGGAGGUGCAGCAAGAGGAGGAGCUGGAGGAUGAGGAGACGGAGGCUGUUGCCCUCCGCAUGCUGCUCCAAGGUUGGGGGCGCCAAGUGAGGGUGCUAAGGGGGGGCGCUAAGGGGGGGCGCUAA